GCGCUGCGGGUGUUAUUCCGUCCCGCCCGCGCGGCGGUCGGUGCUCCGUCACCGCCCGCUGUGGCCAUGGCCCCAGCCCGUGGCUUAUAAAUUGGCGACCGGAGUCCCCGACGCGGCCCUGGUCCUGAUGGCGGCGGCGGCGGCGACGGCGGCCCUGGCAGCGGCCGACCCCCCUCCCGCGAUGCCGCAGGCGGCAGGAGCUGGAGGGCCCACCGCCCGUCGGGACUUCUACUGGCUGCGCUCCUUUCUGGCCGGAGGUAUUGCUGGAUGCUGUGCCAAAACAACGGUUGCUCCUUUGGAUCGAGUAAAGGUUUUAUUACAAGCUCACAAUCACCAUUAUAAACAUUUAGGAGUAUUUUCUGCAUUGCGUGCUGUUCCCCAGAAGGAGGGAUACCUUGGAUUAUAUAAAGGGAAUGGUGCAAUGAUGAUUCGAAUAUUUCCCUAUGGUGCAAUCCAGUUUAUGGCAUUUGAGCAUUAUAAAACGUUAAUUACUACAAAGCUGGGAGUUUCCGGUCAUGUGCACAGAUUAAUGGCUGGAUCCAUGGCAGGUAUGACAGCAGUUAUCUGUACUUACCCUCUUGACAUGGUGAGAGUACGCCUAGCAUUCCAGGUGAAAGGGGAACACACUUACACAGGAAUUAUUCAUGCAUUCAAAACGAUUUAUGCAAAGGAAGGAGGUUUCCUUGGAUUUUACAGAGGCCUGAUGCCCACUAUAUUAGGAAUGGCUCCAUAUGCAGGUGUUUCAUUUUUUACUUUUGGUACCUUAAAGAGUGUUGGGCUUUCCCAUGCUCCUACCCUUCUUGGCAGACCUUCAUCAGACAAUCCUAAUGUCUUAGUUUUGAAAACCCACAUAAAUUUACUUUGUGGUGGUGUUGCUGGAGCAAUAGCACAGACAAUAUCCUACCCAUUUGAUGUAACUCGUCGGCGAAUGCAAUUAGGAACUGUUCUUCCAGAGUUUGAAAAGUGCCUUACCAUGUGGGAGACUAUGAAGUAUGUCUAUGGACACCAUGGAAUUCAAAAAGGAUUAUAUCGUGGUUUAUCUCUUAAUUACAUUCGCUGUGUUCCCUCUCAAGCAGUGGCUUUCACAACAUAUGAACUUAUGAAGCAGUUUUUUCACCUCAACUAAAGAAAAUCACGUUUUCUUUUUCUUAAUAGAAUUUCAGAGGGAGAAACAAAAUGUUACUUUAAUUUUGGAAGGAACAUUACUUGAAGGGGGAUAUUUGCCUUGUCACAGGAACCACUGGUUUUUUAGUACUUGAUUUUUUUUUUUAUUCGUCACAAAUCAGAAGUGCUUACUGUGCUUUUUGAUGCCAAAUGUUAUACCUUAGAACAUUGAAAAAAAUUCCUAAGCUGAUGCUGGCUAAUCAGUUAGGUUAUUUGAAACUAUUUUAAAGUGUUACUUGGAAGUAGAACUAACUUAAAAUGGGAUUUAAGAGGUUGCCAUUAGCUUUAUCAUGCUUUAAUUCCAAGCUUUAAUUAUAAUCAUGAUUUUCAAAGACUCUACGAUUGGUUAUUAUAAUUACAAUAAAUAGGCUUGGUUAUAUGCAGCAGAAUGGUGAAAACUGAAUUUUUAAGUUAUGUAAAACAUAGCUUGGGGGGUUGGUGCUUGGCUGGCCCAUCCAGAAAAGCAUGUGACUCUUAAUCUCGGGAUCAUAAGUUUGAGCCCCACUCUGUGUGUAGAGAUUACUAAAAAUAAGAAAAUUAAAAAAAAAACUUACAAACAUGUAGUUUAGAUGCCAGCAUUGAAGAUUAUUCUUAUUAUCUCUUUUCUCAUAAUUCUGCUCCACUGCAUAAAGGGACUGACACUUUUCUCUUUGUUUUUAAAUAAAAUAAAUGUUGUAUUUAAAAAUUAGCCUUGUAGAAACUCAACAAUAAAUGAAGAAUUUUCAGGUAUUGCUCAAAUAUUAUCACUAGGUACUAGGUACUAUGACUGACUUAAAUUUGUUUUUAAAAGUCAAUGUAUUUCCCAAAGGCAGUAAUAAUAAAUACUGAAUAUCUUUGCUCUCAAAACAGAUUAGCAUUAUAAAUUUGUUUUUGUUAGGUGAUUUGGUAUACACUAGAAAAUUUAUUUAAGUGGACUGUGAAAUAUCCAUUAAUAUAAGAUGUGUAUGUCAAAAGAAUGUAAGGUAUUUUGUCAUGAUAUAUCAACUAGUUCUUCCAUGUAAAAUAAUUUUAGUGCAAUAUAACCUUAAGUAGAAAUGUAAGACAUGAUUUA